UAUAAGCGUACUUACUGAAAUUUGUGCAAGCACUACAAGCGACUGUAUUGUUGUGUGCAGUGUAUGCGUUGUAGUAUGUUGUGACAGCGUGACUGAUAGUGCCUUGGCGGCAAUGUGUUUUGUGCGAUAGUUCAGAAUUUUUAACAGAUUUGUUUCGGGGUUCAUUUGACGCUCAGAUUUUUGUAGAAGAUUAUUGGACGGAACCAUGUUUGUGGAGCAAAGAAAAAUGGUCCCACCAGACGGUGGAUGGGGGUGGAUUGUUGUCAUCGGAGUCAGCGUUGUCAACUUGUGUACGAGGGCAAUUGAACCAUCAUUUGGACUACUCUUUGGAGAACUGCUCUAUGAUUUGAAGGUGGGUACGACGGGGGCCGCCGUCAUAAUGAGCACCCUGGACGCCCUCAUCAAUUUUUCGGGACUAUUCGUCGGACCUCUAAUUCGUGCCUUCUCUUACCGAAAAGUAGCUCUAGUCGGAUCAUUCCUCUGCGGCCUGGGCCUCAUACUAACCUAUCCGGCCCGCAGUAUGGCCCACAUCCUUGCCACAUACAGUAUUAUUAAUGGUUUAGGUGUAGGUUUGACUGCAUCAUCAACGUUCGUUGCAUUAAAUCACUUUUUCCUGAAACGCAGAGGUCAAGCCGUAGGUUUUUCUCUUGCGGGAACCGCCUUCGGCAUGAUGAUCAUGCCUCAGGCCAUAAAAUUUCUUCUUGACGAGUAUGGAUUUAGGGGUGCUAUUUUGGUGUUGGGCAGUUUCGCCCUCAAUUCCCUUGUAGGAUCGUCGUUGAUGGAACCGGCUGAGAGAUAUUAUGUUCCAGAGGUUGAAGAUGAGGAGGAAGUACCAACGCAUGUCAAGAAUAGAAUAUACUUCUUCUUUGCGUCCAACGAGGAAAUGGAAACAAUCAAAGAAACCGACAAUGAAGACGCAGACGCACACGAGAACGAAACCCUAAUCGGAUCUGAUCCGUCCAUGAUGAGAACAAUGGAUGAACUGUCCAAACCACCAAUGGGACUGGGUUCAAGGAAAUCCACAUUCCCAAGGAACUUUUCUACAAUCAGCUUUUUGGGAAACAGAGAUUCCACCAGAAAGCGCAAAGUUUCCAGCUCUUCGAUCAUGUCGAGUUAUUCUCGAUUGGACUUCACAGGGUCAAGUAUUCAAUUACAUUUAGACAGAGACAAUGAGGUACAUGUUUCCGCACACAAUCUACGUCGCAACAUGAGUUACCCAGGAGUACAAUUAUCGCCGGAACACAAAGUCCUGAAAGAGAUCCAGGUCGGCAUCAAAAAACUAGACGUCAAAACCAACAAAACAGUAUGGCAACGGGUCGUCGAGUUCAUGGAUUUCGACCUUCUGAAGGAUCCCGUUUAUCUGAAUUUGGUUUUCGGACUGUCCAUCGCAUAUGUGGCCGAGCAGAACUUCAAGAUGGUGACACCAUUCUUCUUUCAGAAGAUCAACUAUUCUAGGACGGAUAUUGCGUUCUUCUUGUCCGUGCAAGCGCUGACAGAUAUAUUGGCAAGGCUGAUACUCCCUCCUAUCUGCGAUAGGUUAACCAUAUCAAAGAGGACGUUGUUCAUGAUCGGAAUUUUUAUUUUGGGUAUCUGCAGAUCAGUGCUAGCCGAGCAAAGGGACUAUACAAUGAUUAUGAUCUGGUUGGUCAUAUGUGGAUUCUUCAGAGGAGCUGCUCUUAUCAACUUCACCAUUACAAUUUCAGAAUAUUCAUCUUUGGAAAAAUUACCAGCAGCCUUUGGCUUACACAUGGUGGGAAAAGGUCUUUUUGUCGUCAUCCUUGGACCCAUACUUGGCAUUAUUCGAGACACCACAGAUAGUUAUCCGAUAUGUCUGCACUCCCAAACAUUUUUACUCAUGUUGUGCGUCUUCGUUUGGGGCAUAGAGUACAUAAUUCGAUACAUGAAAGCGAAAGAAACGGAUUCGGAUACAGACACCAGUACGGCUUGAGUAAAAUAUUUUAAGGAAUAUCAAACGUAGCUCAAUGUCUCCCAAUAUCAGUUGUUGAUGUCACGUUAUUGGUGUUUCAAGAUGUUUCAGUGUGUUUGGUUUUUUGGUUGAACGACCUAUAAUUUGCACUUGAAAUGCAUAGGUUUGUGCAAAAUAGGUUUGUUUAAAAUAGGCGUUUGUUUCGGAAAUUAGAUGGAUUCAAUUCUGGAUUUAGUUCGUUCUUACAAUUCACGUUAAUAUUAGCAAUACAGUUGUAGUUUUUUAAUAAUGUAUUCAGUGCUAUAUCUGACAGUACUUAAUUUUUGUCCUAAUUUUCAUAUCUAAAUUACUUGAAUAUUAUCAAAUAAUUAAUCACAGGUAAAUCACUACAUUAUCAAAUCAUUAGUUAUUAAAGAUUUGAGGCGUUCUAAUAGUAAUUAUAUGUGCGAAACUAUUAGUGUGGGGUUUAAAAUCAGUAAUUAAAUGUCUGCCUUCUAAAACAAGGAAUUACACAAAAAAACAAAUUGAAGGCAAGUUAUUUUCUUUUUAUUAAAAAUUCUAUUCAAAUAUCAUGAAGGCAGAAUUAUUAUUAAAUUAAACAUUAUACAUUAAAAGUCCACAGCAUUAUAAUUUAGAAAAAGAAAGAAAAUUGGGACAUUAUUCCAAUUUUCUUUUUUCAUCGAGUAUUAUUAAGUGUAGAGAAAUGUGAUAGGAGAAAAAUAAUUUUACUUUAUGUAGAAUUUAUCCAAAUUACAGUAUUAAAAUUGAUUUCGUUGGUAUUACAGUAUAAUAAUACCAUGCAAAUCAUGUUUAAUCAUAUAUUUAUAGCAAGAUUUUGCUUGACUUUCAUUUAUGCAGUCCAUUACAUACGAGAUAUUUAUCCAUAAUAACAUUUAUUGAUAAAGAUCCUGUGCAUUUACUUUUUCUUCAAAUGAAAUGUACAUUGUUGCAGAAAUAUAUAUUUUCCAUAAAAAUAAUUUAAAACAUAAAUGAAUGUAAGGGCUGUGAAUUAUAUCUGACAUUAAUUCAUUUAUCAAAGAUUUCGUUGUUUAAACUAAGUUAUCAACUGUUUCAUUUAGUAUUUUAAAUAAUCCUGGAAAGGACAUAUUUUUGAAAAGAUUUCUUUAAUGUAAGCUCACUUUAAAUAGUGAAGAUCCUCAAUUUUCGAAGAAUAUUGACUGCCAUAACAUCCAUUCCAAACCAAGUUCUAUGUAUCAAAGCAGUAUUGAAUGUUUUACACAAUUUCAAUGAGAACAGUACAUACCAUACGUUUAUCUAAGUAUCACUUAAGAUAAAGAAUAAAUGUAAGUGUCUCAUGAUGGGCAGAUUUUAUCUUAAAAUAUUUUUAGGUAAAAUCGGAUAUUAUGAUUUACUUGAUUUUUUACUACUGUUUUUAUCGCUCUAAAUGUACGUGACAAAAUGAUUUUAUUAAAUAAUGAAAACAAAAAUAAUUAUAACUGUUGAGUCUGAUUGUCAUAAUAACUUGUCAGUUGUAUAUAUGUCAUGCACUAUGCAAUAAAUAGUGUCAAUGAACUUGUGAUUUUUAUAUGAAAUGCAAUAUAAAAAAAUUAAUAUUGUUUUAUAUAAAAUGUUAUGUUGUGUCCUUUGAUAAUCUAUUAUUUUCUUAUUUAUCUCUUUACCAUUAAUUAUAAUUGUUUUUGUGAUAUUAUUAGGUUUAAUAAAGACUGAAUAUGUGAAAUAAUUGUAUACUAUGAAAUAAUAAUUCAUAUUUUAUUUUUAUAAACGUAUUAUUUUGUGGACAGUAAAUAUUUUUCUUACCUUACAAAAGUGAACAGGUUUAAUCCGUUUAUUUUAUAGUAUACAUAUUUAUUUUUAUCAAUUCAUUGUAAAUAUUUUAGUUUUAUGUUUGAGUUGAUUUAUGUUAAUAAACAUCUCCUAGAUUG